CAGGCUGUGGUGUCUAUGUUUUUUCUCCUAAACAUCUUCCUUUACGAAAUUUUAAGUUUGAUCCUUAAAAGACAAAAAGUCAUCCCUGAAUCACAAGAUGGUCAAGGAGGAUCGUAGCACUUGGAAGGCCGGAUACUUCACCAAACUGAUUAGCUUGCUCGACGAGUACCCUAGAUGUUUCAUUGUUGGGGCAGACAAUGUUGGCUCAAGUCAAAUGCAGAAGAUCAGAAUUGCUCUCAGAGGAACUGCCGUUGUCUUGAUGGGAAAGAACACAAUGAUGAGGAAAGCUAUCAGAGGCCACAUUGAGAACAAUCCUGCUCUUGAGAAGUUGCUGCCACACAUCAAAGGCAACAUCGGUCUGGUCUUCACCAAAGGAGAACUCACAGAUGUCCGUAAGAUCAUAGAAGAAAAUAAGGUGGCUGCCCCGGCCAAAGCCGGUGCCUUUGCACCUCUCGAUGUAACUGUACCUGCCCAGAACACCUCCCUGGGUCCUGAGAAGACCUCCUUCUUCCAGGCCCUUGCCAUCCAGACCAAGAUCUCGAAGGGUACUAUUGAAAUUUUGAAUGAUGUCAAGCUGAUCAAGGCUGGUGACAAGGUCGGAGCAUCUGAGGCGACCCUCUUGAACAUGUUGAAUAUCUCUCCCUUCACCUAUGGCCUUCUCAUUGAACAGGUCUACGACAGCGGUACUGUCUUUGAUGUAUCCAUUCUUGAUAUCACUGAUGAUGAUAUCAGGUCUAAAUUCAUGGAGGGUGUUGCAAACCUGGCCAGCUUGUCCCUCGAGAUAGGCUACCCUACCAUGGUUUCGGUACCUCACUCCAUCAUCAAUGCCUUCAAGAACUUGCUCUCAGUUGCUCUCUGCACUGAUAUCACUUUUGAAGAGGCUGAAGCCAUCAAAGAAUUGGCUAGUUCUUAACUCGGGACGGAAGGAAGUGCAAAGUUUUUAUUAUGACACGUCGAUUGAUAAACAACAUUAUGUAAACUGUGUGCUUGGUGUUUUAAAUAAAUAUUAUCCGCAAAUUGUGUGGAUUAUUAUUUGAUUUUGUUUUUUUUUCUAAGGUUAAAAAAUGAAAAUUACGUUCGGUUGUAACAUA